AUCUCGAUUUUUCAAACCACUUUAAGCGCCAAGCCUGAAAAAUGCAGGCUCCCUUCACUAAAUCUCAGCUCCCUUUCCCGCCACCUCGACAUAGGGUUUAUUGUCGCUUUCCUUUUCCACAUUGGCGUACUUCUCUUAUCCAAAUUACUCGGACAAAUUCUCUAAUUGAAAAACACCAACCCUCAAUCCCCUCAAACUCGAAGAAAUGGCCGGUCAAUCUGACUCCCACCUUUCUCUGUUUUCUCCCGAAGAGGUAGAGUUCAUGGCUGAGGAUGAACUGGUGGAGAUUGUUCCCAAUCUGAGGAUGGAUUCUCUCAAUUUUAUAUGUGGGGAUUAUGGUCCAUUUUAUCCACAAAUAGCCACCCAAGUGCCAUUUUGGUUAGCAGUGGCUCUGAAGAAGCGAGGGAAGUGCACAAUUAGGCCUCCUCAGUGGAUGUCUAUUGAAAAUUUGACUCAGGUUUUGGAAGGAGAAAGAGAUUCACAUGCUUUUCAGCCUCUACCCUUUCACUAUGUGGAGAUCUCACGACUUCUUUUUGACCAUGCACGUGAAGAUAUUCCUGAUAUAUAUAUGGUGAGGUCACUUGUUGAGGACAUCAGAGACGUAAGGUUUCAUAAAGUGGAGACUAAUCUAGAAAAGUUUACUGCAUCAACAGUGACGUGGAAGAAUAUGUCUGCAAUGGAAGUCAAUAUAAUUCGUGCAUUUUCGGGGAGAGCCUUACAAGCAUUCUAUAAGCAUGAGAAUGAACAGGUGAUGCCAGAUACAGAUAGAACACAAGAUAGACAGCCGCAAAUACCUACCAUCAGGCCAAAACGGAAUCUGAAGCCUCGAUGAUAGGUCAUCAUCAAUUCUAAACCCUUCCCCAUUUGAACCUGAUAACAAUGAUCUCAGCAGGCUACUACAGAAGGUACUUCCAUUUUCUUUGAAACCCUUUCCAAAAAAAAAAAAAAAAGAAAAAUCUUAUCUAAUGCUCAUUGUAGUGAUAAAAUUACAGUUACUUCUCUGUUGAACCCUUUUGAUUAUCAUUCUAACAAUUAUUACUACUUUUAUUAUUUUACACAAUCUGAAAAA